UCAAACCGGUACGCGACACCGGCCCGCUGCCGAGCCUAGCAAGCCCGACCUUGAAGCGUUGGGUUUUUCGCAAAUGGCGGAAAGCUAGGGUUUUGGCGAGAAACCCUCGAACCGUAGGGUUCUUCUCUCCUCCUCUCUCUCUCUCUCCCUUUCCCUCUCCUUCCCUCUUCUCCGCCCCCAUGUCGAGAAACGAAGACGUCCGAUUCGUCUCUUCGGCCAUUAAAAUCCCUCGCUCCUCCCGUGCCCACCCCGUUCCCCUCCUAUCAACCCUGCCCUUCGCUCGCCACAACCUUUCCUUCCAUCUCGACCGAGCUAGAGACGCGAUCCAGGGCUUCUUGGCAGCGCUUCCGAGACGGUGGAGUCCCCGCUUUCUCUGCUCGUCCUCUCUUGCUGUGGUGCGGCAGGAGGCGGAGACGAACCAUCGGCGGCACGGGAAGGAGGACGAGGAGCGGGUCCUGAUAAGCGAGGUGCUGAUUCGGAACAAGGAUGGGGAAGCGCUGGAGCGGGCGGACUUGGAGGCGGCCGCCGCCGACGCCCUGAAGUCGUGCCGGCCCAACUCGGCGCUCACGGUGCGGGAGGUGCAGGAGGACGUGCACCGGAUCAUCGAGAGCGGGUACUUUUUCUCGUGUAUGCCCGUUGCCGUCGACACCCGGGAUGGGAUCCGGCUGGUCUUUGAGGUGGAACCUAAUCAGGAGUUCCAAGGAUUGAUUUGUGAGGGUGCAAACGUUCUUCCUGUAAACUUUUUGGAGGAUGCAUUUCGUGAUGGUUAUGCAGGAAAAAUAAUCAAUAUACGGCAUCUGGAUCAAGUGAUUAAAUCCAUCAAUGGCUGGUACUACAAACAUGGGCUGUCUGGUUUGGUUGGUCCUGCACUUACUUGCUUUUGUAGCUGUUUUGCAGCCAUUUUUUUACUUGUUUCAUAUGCUGAGAUUCUUUCUGGAGGAAUCCUUAGGUUACAAGUCACUGAAGCUGAAGUCAAUAAUACCAUCAUUCAGUUUCUUGAUAGAAGGACUGGUGAACCAACUAUAGGGAAGACAAGGCCAGAGACUAUAUUUCAACAACUGACAACAAAAAAAGGACAGGUGUACAAUAGACUACAAGGAAAAAGAGAUGUUGAGACAAUAUUAACAAUGGGAAUUAUGGAAGAUGUUACAAUUAUUCCUCAGCCUACUGGAGAUCCCUGCAGGGUUGAUCUAGUGAUGAAUCUUGUUGAGCGUCCUAAUGGUGGUUUCUCUGCAGGUGGUGGAAUUUCAAGCGGGAUAACAAAUGGCCCUCUCGCAGGACUGAUUGGAAGCUUUGCGUAUUUGCAUAGGAAUGUUUUUGGUAGGAACCAAAAACUCAACCUUUCAUUGGAAAGGGGGCAAAUCGACUCAAUAUUUCGCAUAAAUUAUACCGACCCAUGGAUUGAAGGAGACAAUAAGAGGACAUCUAGAACAAUCAUGAUUCAGAACUCUAGGACUUCAGGAGCACUUGUUCAUGGGAAUAACCAAUCUGAUCAUGGUGGCCUAACAAUUGCACGAGUUACUGCUGGAAUUGAAUUCAGUCGACCUUUCAGGCCCAAGUGGAGUGGAACACUUGGGCUUAUUUUUCAGCAUACUGGUGCUCGUGAUGAUAAAGGCAAUCCCAUAAUCAGAGAUAUCUACAACAGUCCAUUAACUGCAAGUGGCAAUGCUUAUGAUGACAUGCUAAUUGCAAAGUUUGAAAGUGUUUAUACAGAUUCUAGUGAUCAUAGCUCCUCAACAUUUGCAUUCAACAUGGAACAAGGACUCCCUGUUCUAUCUGAGUGGUUAUGUUUCAAUCGAGUGAGUGCUCGUGCUAGGCAAGGAUAUAAAAUUGGGCCUGCUCGACUUCUUUUAAGUGUAUCUGGAGGCCAUGUUGUUGGAAAUUUUCCGCCUCAUGAAGCAUUUGCGAUUGGUGGGACAAACAGUGUCAGGGGUUAUGAAGAAGGUGCUGUGGGUUCUGGUCGCUCUUAUGUGGUCGGUAGCGGAGAAAUCUCUUUUCACAUGUUUGGGCCACUAGAAGGUGUGCUGUUUGCGGACUAUGGAAAUGAUCUUGGUUCAGGCCCUACAGUGCAUGGUGAUCCGGCUGGAGCAAGGGGAAAGCCUGGGAACGGUUGUGGCUUUGGGGCCGGCAUUCGUGUGGAUUCACCCCUCGGGCCCCUGCGCCUAGAAUAUGCAUUCAAUGAUAAACUAGCAAGCAGAUUCCACUUUGGAGUUGGCUAUCGCAACUAAUUCAUUCCUUUUCUUCCUUGACCCUUAGGAUCUCUGCUAAAUUAUUGUCUGGUGUUAGUUUUUCUAGCGAUUCAGGUAUCAGUAUCACAUGAUACUCAAUGAAAAUAUAAUGCAUUGGUUUUUUUCCUCCCUGGGAGGAGUAUGAGAGAACUGUGCUAGAAUAUAUAUUACAGGCUUUCUUCCAUUUGCCUGGUACUGAGUA